AUGUAUGCGGUGAAUAGUAACACAUUAAUUUGAGUAAAACAUAUGUAAUCACCUUUGGUAGCUGUUACUAUAUGUUAAUAAUCUUAUCUCCUAAUGCUUUAGCUGUCGUGAGCUCAACCGCUCUUAGAAUUGAUUUGGGCUCUCCGAGUAAAGGUUGCCAACCUGUUCCCUCUCGCUCGCUCUCUCUCCGCAACCCCCUCACUACCUCUCCCUCCAAAUCUCUCUCCCCCCCACCCCCACCCUCUCUCCCUUCCCAACCUUUCUCCCCCACCUCCCCUCUCCCUCUCCCCCCUCUCCUUCAUCUCCUUUCCCUCGUUAGGAGUACCAGGGCUCCUCUGUGCUGGGCCAGUUUGUGACCCGCUUCAUGCUGAGGGAGACCUCCAGCCAGCUGCUCUCUCUUCAAAUGUCCCUGCAGUGUGCCAUGGAGGCCGUGGAAGAGCAGAGCAAUCCUGCACCGUAAGUCGCUAGUGCUCAACACACCUAAACACUAUGGCAGUACCAUCUUAUUACUCAAUACCCAGUCUCUGAUACACAACGGCACCUCACGACUCAACACCACGCCAGCUGCACCUCACAACUAAAAAAAAUGGCACCACCCCAUUACCAAACACUAUGGCACCACCCCACUACUAAACACUAUAGCACCACCCCACUACUAAACACUAUAGCACUACCUAACUACUAAACACUAUAGCACCACCCCACUACUAAACACUAUAGCACCACCUCACUACUAAACACUAUAGCACCACCCCACUACUGAACACUAUAGCACCACCUCACUACUGAACACUAUGGCACCACCCCACUACUAAACACUAUGGCACCACUUCACUACUAAACACUAUGGCACCACCUCACUACUAAACACUAUGGCACCACCUCACUACUAAACACUAUAUCACCACCCCACUACUAAACACUAUAGCACCACCCCACUACUAAACACUAUAGCACCACCCCACUACUAAACACUAUAGCACCACCUCACUACUAAACACUAUAGCACCACCCCACUACUAAACACUAUAGCACCACCUCACUACUAAACAUUAUGGCACCACCCCACUACUAAACACUAUAGCACCACCUCACUACUAAACACUAUGGCACCAACACACUACUAAACACUAUAGCACCACCUCACUACUAAACACUAUGGCACCACCCCACUACUAAACACUAUGGCACCACCUCACUACUAAACACUAUAGCACCACCCCACUACUAAACACUAUGGCACCACCUCACUACUAAAAACUAUAGCACCACCUCACUACUAAACACUAUAGCACCACCUCACUACUAAACACUAUAGCACCACCUCACUACUGAACACUAUGGCACCACCCCACUACUAAACACUAUAGCACCACCUCACUACUAAACACUAUAGCACCACCUCACUACUAAACACUAUAGCACUACCUAACUACUAAACACUAUAGCACCACCCCACUACUAAACACUAUGGCACCACCUCACUACUAAACACUAUGGCACCACCUCACUACUAAACACUAUAGCACCACCUCACUACUAAACACUAUGGCACCACCUCACUACUAAACACUAUGGCACCACCCCACUACUAAACACUAUAUCACCACCCCACUACUAAACACUAUAGCACCACCCCACUACUAAACACUAUAGCACCACCCCACUACUAAACACUAUAGCACCACCUCACUACUAAACACUAUAGCACCACCUCACUACUAAACACUAUGGCACCACCUCACUACUAAACACUAUAGCACUACCUAACUACUAAACACUAUAGCACCACCUCACUACUAAACACUAUGGCACCACCCCACUACUAAACACUAUAGCACCACCCCACUACUAAACACUAUAGCACUACCUAACUACUAAACACUAUAGCACCACCUCACUACUAAACACUAUAGCACCACCUCACUACUGAACACUAUGGCACCACCCCACUACUAAACACUAUAGCAACACCUCACUACUAAACACUAUAGCACCACCUCACUACUAAACACUAUGGCACCACCCCACUACUAAACACUAUAGCACCACCUCACUACUAAACACUAUGGCACCACCUCACUACUAAACACUAUGGCACCACCCCACUACUAAACACUAUAGCACCACCUCACUACUAAACACUAUAGCACCACCUCACUACUAAACACUAUAGCACCACCUCACUACUAAACACUAUAGCACUACCUAACUACUAAACACUAUAGCACCACCUCACUACUAAACACUAUAGCACUACCUAACUACUAAACACUAUAGCACCACCUCACUACUAAACACUAUAGCACCACCUCACUACUAAACACUAUAGCACCACCCCACUACUAAACACUAUAGCACUACCUAACUACUAAACACUAUAGCACCACCCCACUACUAAACACUAUAGCACCACCUCACUACUAAACACUAUGGCACCACCCCACUACUAAACACUAUAGCACGACAUCACUACUAAACACUAUGGCACCAACAAACUACUAAACACUAUAGCACCACCUCACUACUAAACACUAUAGCACCACCCCACUACUAAACACUAUGGCACCACCUCACUACUAAAAACUAUAGCACCACCUCACUACUAAACACUAUAGCACCACCUCACUACUAAACACUAUAGUACCAUCUCACUACUAAACACUAUAGCACCACCUCACUACUAAACACUAUAGCACCACCUCACUACUAAACACUAUAGCACCACCUCACUACUGAACACUAUGGCACCACCCCACUACUAAACACUAUAGCAACACCUCACUACUAAACACUAUGGCACCACCCCACUACUAAACACUAUAGCACCACCUCACUACUAAACACUAUGGCACCAACAAACUACUAAACACUAUAGCACCACCUCACUACUAAACACUAUAGCACCACCCCACUACUAAACACUAUGGCACCACCUCACUACUAAAAACUAUAGCACCACCUCACUACUAAACACUAUAGCACCACCUCACUACUAAACACUAUAGUACCAUCUCACUACUAAACACUAUAGCACCACCUCACUACUAAACACUAUAGCACCACCUCACUACUAAACACUAUAGCACCACCUCACUACUGAACACUAUGGCACCACCCCACUACUAAACACUAUAGCAACACCUCACUACUAAACACUAUAGCACCACCUCACUACUAAACACUAUAGCACUACCUAACUACUAAACACUAUAGCACCACCCCACUACUAAACACUAUGGCACCACCUCACUACUAAAUACUAUGGCACCACCUCACUACUAAACACUAUAGCACCACCUCACUACUAAACACUAUGGCACCACCCCACUACUAAACACUAUUGCACCACCUCACUACUAAACACUAUGGCACCACCUCACCACCUCACUACUAAACACUAUAGCACCACCUCACUACUAAACACUAUAGCACCACCCCACUACUAAACACUAUGGCACCACCUCACUACUAAACACUAUAGCACCACCUCACUACUAAACCACUAUAGCACCACCUCACUACUAAACACUAUAGCACCACUUCACUACUAAACACUAUGGCACCACCUCACUACUAAACACUAUAGCACCACCCCCACUACAAAACACUAUGGCACCACCUCACUACUAAACACUAUGGCACCACCUCACUACUGAACACUAUGGCACCACUUCACUACUAAACACUAUAGCACCACCCCACUACUAAACACUAUAGCACCACCUCACUACUAACACUAUAGUACCACCUCACUACUAAACACUAUAGUACCACCUCACUACUAAACACUAUAGCACCACCUCACUACUAAACACUAUGGCACCACCUCACUACUAAACACUAUAGCACCACCUCACUACUAAACACUAUGGCACCAACAAACUACUAAACACUAUAGCACCACCUCACUACUAAACACUAUAGCACCACCCCACUACUAAACACUAUGGCACCACCUCACUACUAAAAACUAUAGCACCACCUCACUACUAAACACUAUAGCACCACCUCACUACUAAACACUAUAGUACCAUCUCACUACUAAACACUAUAGCACCACCUCACUACUAAACACUAUAGCACCACCUCACUACUAAACACUAUAGCACCACCUCACUACUGAACACUAUGGCACCACCCCACUACUAAACACUAUAGCAACACCUCACUACUAAACACUAUAGCACCACCUCACUACUAAACACUAUAGCACUACCUAACUACUAAACACUAUAGCACCACCCCACUACUAAACACUAUGGCACCACCUCACUACUAAAUACUAUGGCACCACCUCACUACUAAACACUAUAGCACCACCUCACUACUAAACACUAUGGCACCACCCCACUACUAAACACUAUUGCACCACCUCACUACUAAACACUAUGGCACCACCUCACCACCUCACUACUAAACACUAUAGCACCACCUCACUACUAAACACUAUAGCACCACCCCACUACUAAACACUAUGGCACCACCUCACUACUAAACACUAUAGCACCACCUCACUACUAAACACUAUAGCACCACCUCACUACUAAACACUAUAGCACCACUUCACUACUAAACACUAUGGCACCACCUCACUACUAAACACUAUAGCACCACCCCACUACAAAACACUAUGGCACCACCUCACUACUAAACACUAUGGCACCACCUCACUACUGAACACUAUGGCACCACUUCACUACUAAACACUAUAGCACCACCCCACUACUAAACACUAUAGCACCACCUCACUACUAAACACUAUAGUACCACCUCACUACUAAACACUAUAGCACCACCUCACUACUAAACACUAUGGCACCACCUCACUACUAAACACUAUAGCACCACCUCACUACUAAACACUAUGGCACCACCCCACUACUAAACACUAUGGCACCACCUCACUACUAAACACUAUAGCACCACUUCACUACUAAACACUAUGGCACCACCUCACUACUAAACACUAUGGCACCACCUCACUACAAAACACUAUAGCACCACCUCACUACUAAACACUAUGGUACCACCCCACUACUAAACACUAUAGCACCACUUCACUACUAAACACUAUGGCACCACCUCACUACUAAACACUAUAGCACCACUUCACUACUAAACACUAUGGCACCACCUCACUACUAAACACUAUUGCACCACCUCACUACUAAACACUAUGGCACCACCUCACUACUAAACACUAUAGCACCACCUCACUACUAAACACUAUGGCACCACCUCACUACUAAACACUAUAGCACCACCUCACUACUGAACACUAUGGCACUACCUCACUACUAAACACUAUGGCACCACCCCACUACUAAACACUAUGGCACCACCUCACUACUAAACACUAUGGCACCACCUCACUACUAAACACUAUGGCACCACCUCACUACAAAACACUAUAGCACCACCUCACUACUAAACACUAUGGCACCACCUCACUACUAAACACUAUGGCACCACCUCACUACAAAACACUAUAGCACCACCUCACUACUAAACACUAUGGCACCACACCACUACUAAACACGAUAGCACCACUUCACUACUAAACACUAUAGCACCACCUCACUACUAAACACUAUAGCACUACCUAACUACUAAACACUAUAGCACCACCCCACUACUAAACACUAUGGCACCACCUCACUACUAAAUACUAUGGCACCACCUCACUACUAAACACUAUAGCACCACCUCACUACUAAACACUAUGGCACCACCCCACUACUAAACACUAUUGCACCACCUCACUACUAAACACUAUGGCACCACCUCACCACCUCACUACUAAACACUAUAGCACCACCUCACUACUAAACACUAUAGCACCACCCCACUACUAAACACUAUGGCACCACCUCACUACUAAACACUAUAGCACCACCUCACUACUAAACACUAUAGCACCACCUCACUACUAAACACUAUAGCACCACUUCACUACUAAACACUAUGGCACCACCUCACUACUAAACACUAUAGCACCACCCCACUACAAAACACUAUGGCACCACCUCACUACUAAACACUAUGGCACCACCUCACUACUGAACACUAUGGCACCACUUCACUACUAAACACUAUAGCACCACCCCACUACUAAACACUAUAGCACCACCUCACUACUAAACACUAUAGUACCACCUCACUACUAAACACUAUAGCACCACCUCACUACUAAACACUAUGGCACCACCUCACUACUAAACACUAUAGCACCACCUCACUACUAAACACUAUGGCACCAACAAACUACUAAACACUAUAGCACCACCUCACUACUAAACACUAUAGCACCACCCCACUACUAAACACUAUGGCACCACCUCACUACUAAAAACUAUAGCACCACCUCACUACUAAACACUAUAGCACCACCUCACUACUAAACACUAUAGUACCAUCUCACUACUAAACACUAUAGCACCACCUCACUACUAAACACUAUAGCACCACCUCACUACUAAACACUAUAGCACCACCUCACUACUGAACACUAUGGCACCACCCCACUACUAAACACUAUAGCAACACCUCACUACUAAACACUAUAGCACCACCUCACUACUAAACACUAUAGCACUACCUAACUACUAAACACUAUAGCACCACCCCACUACUAAACACUAUGGCACCACCUCACUACUAAAUACUAUGGCACCACCUCACUACUAAACACUAUAGCACCACCUCACUACUAAACACUAUGGCACCACCCCACUACUAAACACUAUUGCACCACCUCACUACUAAACACUAUGGCACCACCUCACCACCUCACUACUAAACACUAUAGCACCACCUCACUACUAAACACUAUAGCACCACCCCACUACUAAACACUAUGGCACCACCUCACUACUAAACACUAUAGCACCACCUCACUACUAAACACUAUAGCACCACCUCACUACUAAACACUAUAGCACCACUUCACUACAAAACACUAUGGCACCACCUCACUACUAAACACUAUAGCACCACCCCACUACAAAACACUAUGGCACCACCUCACUACUAAACACUAUGGCACCACCUCACUACUGAACACUAUGGCACCACUUCACUACUAAACACUAUAGCACCACCCCACUACUAAACACUAUAGCACCACCUCACUACUAAACACUAUAGUACCACCUCACUACUAAACACUAUAGCACCACCUCACUACUAAACACUAUGGCACCACCUCACUACUAAACACUAUAGCACCACCUCACUACUAAACACUAUGGCACCACCCCACUACUAAACACUAUGGCACCACCUCACUACUAAACACUAUAGCACCACUUCACUACUAAACACUAUGGCACCACCUCACUACUAAACACUAUGGCACCACCUCACUACAAAACACUAUAGCACCACCUCACUACUAAACACUAUGGUACCACCCCACUACUAAACACUAUAGCACCACUUCACUACUAAACACUAUGGCACCACCUCACUACUAAACACUAUAGCACCACUUCACUACUAAACACUAUGGCACCACCUCACUACUAAACACUAUUGCACCACCUCACUACUAAACACUAUGGCACCACCUCACUACUAAACACUAUAGCACCACCUCACUACUAAACACUAUGGCACCACCUCACUACUAAACACUAUAGCACCACCUCACUACUGAACACUAUGGCACUACCUCACUACUAAACACUAUGGCACCACCCCACUACUAAACACUAUGGCACCACCUCACUACUAAACACUAUGGCACCACCUCACUACUAAACACUAUGGCACCACCUCACUACAAAACACUAUAGCACCACCUCACUACUAAACACUAUGGCACCACCUCACUACUAAACACUAUGGCACCACCUCACUACAAAACACUAUAGCACCACCUCACUACUAAACACUAUGGCACCACACCACUACUAAACACGAUAGCACCACUUCACUACUAAACACUAUGGCACCACCUCACUACUAAACACUAUGGCACCACCUCACUACUAAACACUAUAGCACCACCUCACUACUAAACACUAUAGCACCACUUCACUACUAAACACUAUAGCACCACCUCACUACUAAACACUAUGGCACCACCCUACUACUAAACACUAUAGUACCAUCUCACUACUGAACACUAUGGCACCACCUCACUACUAAACACUAUGGCACCACCUCACUACUAAACACUAUGGCACCACCUCACUACUAAACACUAUAGCACCACCUCACUACUAAACACUAUAGCACCACCUCACUACUAAACACUAUAGCACCACCUCACUACUAAACACUAUAGUACCACCUCACUACUGAAACACUAAGCCUACCUAACUACUAAACACUAUUGCAACCACCCCACUACUCAACACUAUAUCACCACCCACCACUACUAAACACUAUAGCACCACCUCACUACUUACAACACUAUAGCCACCACCCCACUACUAAACACUAUGUACCAUCUCACUACUGAACACUAUGGCACCACCUCACUACUAACACUAGCACCACCUCCACUACUUAAACACUAUAGUACCAUCUCACUACUGAACCACUAUAUCAACCACCCCACUACUAAACACUAUAGCACCACCUCACUACUAAACACUAUAGCACCACUCAACUACUAAAACGACCUAUAGCACCAAAUAGCCCACCCACUAUAACACUAUAGCACCACCCCCACUACUAGAACACUAUAGCACCACUCACUACUAAACACUAUAGCACCCACCUCACUAUAACACACUAUAGCACCACCUCACUACUCAAAACACUAUAGCACCCACCUCACUACUAAACACUAUAGCACCACCUCACUACUAAACACUAUAGCACCACCUCACUACUAAACACUAUAGCACCACCUCACUACUAAACACUAUAGCACCACCUCACUACUGAACACUAUGGCACCACCUCACUACUAAACACUAUAGCACCACCUCACUACUAAACACUAUAGCACCACCUCACUACUAAACACUAUAGCACCACCUCACUACUAAACACUAUGGCACCACCUCACUACUAAACACUAUAGCACCACCUCACUACUAAACACUAUAGCACCACCUCACUACUAAACACUAUAGCACUACCUAACUACUAAACACUAUGGCACCACCUCACUACUAAACACUAUGGCACCACCUCACUACUAAACACUAUGGCACCACCUCACUACUAAACACUAUGGCACCACCUCACUACUAAACACUAUAGCACCACCUCACUACUAAACACUAUAGCACCACCUCACUACUAAACACUAUAGCACCACCUCACUACUGAACACUAUGGUACCACCUCACUACUGAACACUAUAGUACCAUCUCACUACUGAACACUAUAGUACCAUCUCACUACUGAACACUAUGGCACCACCUCACUACUAAACACUAUAGCACCACCUCACUACUAAACACUAUAGCACCACCUCACUACUAAACACUAUAGCACCACCCCACUACUAAACACUAUAGCACCACCUCACUACUAAACACUAUAGCACCACCCCACUACUAAACACUAUAGCACUACCUAACUACUAAACACUAUAGCACCACCUCACUACUAAACACUAUAGCACCACCUCACUACUAAACACUAUAGCACCACUUCACUACUAAACACUAUGGCACCACCUCACUACUAAACACUAUGGCACCACCUCACUACUAAACACUAUAGCACCACCUCACUACUAAACACUAUAGUACCAUCUCACUACUAAAGUCUAUGGCACCAUCUCACUACUCAACACCAUUCCAGCCACCACGUUACUACUCAACAACACUAUUCUCAAAUACACUACAGUACUGAACCCCAGCACCUCAGUACUGAACAUCAGAGCCUCCCUACCCACGUACAUGGCAGUAAUAAACAGAUGCUUCUCAGUAGGGGUGUCAUGCACCCAUUAUUUUAGAUUGGGGCAUGAAGUACGUGAGGAUGGAGGGGGGGUGGGCUGUCCCACCUCCGGAAGUGAGAGAAGUUAGCAUUUUUCAAACACCUGAAAAAGCUUUCCUGCAAUCUAGAGCCAUAUAUUUUUCUGCAUAGGUUUAUAUAAGCAUACCUCUUCACCUGUUCAAUUGUCAUUUCAAUUAAUGAUGCACAAUUGAUUCUGUAAGAACUUGUAUGCCUUAGGAGUUAAGUACAACUGCCACACUGGUAUAUAAACGUCCUCUCACUGUCAACUGCAUUUAUUUUCAGCAAACUUAACAUGUGUAAAUAUUUGUAUGAACAUAACAAGAUUCAACAACUGAGACAUAAACUGACAAAGUUCCACAGACACGUGACUAACAGAAAUUGAAUAAUGUGUCCCUGAACAAAGGGGGGGUCAAAAUCAAAAUUUAACAGUCAGUAUCUGGUGUGGCCACCAGCUGCAUUAAGUACUGCAGUGCAUCUCCUCCUCAUGGACUGCACCAGAUUUGCCAAUUCUUGCUGUGAGAUGUUACCCCACUCUUCCACCAAGGCACCUGCAAGUUCCCAGACAUUUCUGGGGGGAAUGGCCCUAGCCCUCACCCUCCGAUCCAACAGGUCCCAGACGUGCUCAAUGGGAUUGAGAUCCGGGCUCUUCGCUGGCCAUGGCAGAACACCGACAUUCCUUACUUGCAUGAAAAAAAAAGCACAGAAUGGCUGGUGGCAUUGGCAUGCUGGCAUCCCUGUAACGCACAGCGUUGAGAUUGCCUGCAAUGACAACAAGCUCAGUCCGAUGAUGCUGUGACACACCGCCCCAGACCAUGACGGACCCACCACCUCCAAAUCGAUCCUGCUCCAGAGUACAGGCCUCGGUGUAACACUCAUUCCUUCGACGAUAAAUGCGAAUCUGACCAUCACCCCUGGUGAGACAAAACCACGACUCGUCAGUGAAGAGCACUUUUUGCCAGUCCUGUCUGGUCCAGCGACGGUGGGUUUGUGCCCAUAGGCGACUUUGUUGCCGGUGAUGUCUGGUGAGGACCUGCCUUACGACAGGCCUACAAGCCCUCAGUCCAGCCUCUCUCAGCCUAUUGCGGACAGUCUGAGCACUGAUGGAGGGAUUGUGCGUUCCUGUUGUAACUCGGGCAGUUGUUGUUGCCAUCCUGUACCUGUCCCGCAGGUGUGAUGUUCGGAUGUACCGAUCCUGUGCAGGUGUUGUUACACGUGGUCUGCCACUGCGAGGACGAUCAGCUGUCCGUCCUGUCUCCCUGUAGCGCUGUCUUAGGCGUCUCACAGUAUGGACAUUGCAAUUUAUUGCCCUGGCCACAUCUGCAGUCCUCAUGCCUCCUUGCAGCAUGCCUAAGGCACGUUAACGCAGAUGAGCAGGGACCCUGCGCAUCUUUCUUUUGGUGUUUUUCAGAGUCAGUAGAAAGGCGUCUUUAGUGUCCUAAGUUUUCAUAACUCUGACCUUAAUUGCCCACCGUCUAUAAGCUGUUAGUGUCUUAACGACCGUUCCACAGGUACAUGUUCAUUAAUUGUUUAUGGUUCAUUGAACAAGCAUGGGAAACAGUGUUUAAACCCUUUACAAUGAAGAUAUGUGAAGUUAUUUGGAAUUUUACGAAUUAUCUUUGAAAGGCAGUUUCUUUUUUUGCUGAGUUUAGUAUUUUCUAAAGUCUAGCAACCUUUCCAGCAGGCAUGCUAGCUAAGAUUGUUAGACAAGUUACUCUAUCUUGAUUGAUAGCUAGUUAUGAGUUUGGGAGAUUUGGAACCUAUCUAGCUGGCUAGCUAAAGUCAACUUCAUAAAAUUGCUAGGUAGCUAGUAUUACAGAGAAACAACAAAACAUUUUGGUUUUAUUUAUUCAUCUAGAAGGAAUCAAUAGGCUACAUACUGUUGCUUGAUCAAAUUAAUUUGCAAACAUACUUCCUCCGAGUCCUGCCCAUCACCGGCAGCUAAAAUCAAAUCAAACACUGUGUGUCACUCGACAUUCUCUCUCCUCCUCCACUGACGAUACUGUCUGCACACACUAGAGUAUCUAACAUCCUGCCUAGUAUAUCUUUGCUCCGUGGUGUACCUUGGAAGGAACCACUUACUUCUCAGUCUGCAGAAAAAAAGCUAUUAUACACAACAUCCUGUGAACUGAUGUGAGAGGGUGUCAUUUAACGGUGUUCUCUAAAACAUGUCAUGAACAUUUGCUGUGUAAUGGGUACUUCUGGAUGGAUUAUAUUGGUGGAUAGUGCAGUAAUUAAUAUACUACAACUUUAUUUUUGCUUCAUGAAUGCAUCAGGACACUCUAGUCAAAUACGCAUAAAUUGGGGUAAUUAAAUGCAUCAUCAUUUCAUGCUGUCCGCUCUAUUGUUUAAGUGGACCUAUUCAUUUGUCCAGCUUGGAGCACUCCGAUUAGGAUGGUUAAACAUUGACACAGAUAGCCAGUGACAGAUAGCAACGUGCAGAGCCUUUGCACCCCAAAUGGCACCUUAUUCCCUACAUAGUGCACUACUUUUGACUGGAGCCCAAUGGGCACUAUGUACAGUAGAGAAUAGGGUGCCAUUUGGGAAGCAGACUCUGAGCAGCCCUGUAGUGUGGAGUCCACUGUGGUGCUCCUCCGGGUGCCAGCACAUCGUUUAUUGGCCAUAAUGAUGUGAUUUGUGGGGGAUGAGUCACAGAAGGAGAGCAAGAGGGGGGAGAGAGACUAGGGAGAGGGGGGGAGGGAGAUACAGAGAAAGGAUGAGAGAGAGACGGAGAGGAAGAGGGAGGAGAGAGACUAGGGAGAGGGGGGAGGGAGAUACAGAGAAAGGAUGAGAGAGAGAGACGGAGAGGAAGAGGGGGGGGAGAGAGACUAGGGAGAGGGGGCGAGGGAGAUACAGAGAAAGGAUGAGAGAGAGAUGAGAGGAAGAGGGAGAGAGAGACUAGGGAGAGGGGGGAGGGAGAUACAGAGAAAGGAUGAGAGAGAGACGGAGAGGAAGAGGGGGGAGAGAGAGACUAGGGAGAGGGGGGAGGGAGAUACAGAGAAAGGAUGAGAGAGAGACGGAGAGGAAGAGGGGGAGAGAGAGACUAGGGAGAGGGGGGAGGGAGAUACAGAGAAAGGAUGAGAGAGAGACGGAGAGGAAGAGGGGGGAGAGAGCGAUUGAGAAAGACACAUAGAGGGAGAGAUAAAGAGGGAGGGGGUUCAGAGGGAGAAUGGGUCACUGAGAUGGACAAAAACAGAUAGAUGGGGUUGUGGAUGUAGGGGAGGUAGACACACACACAGAUACAGAGAGAGACACAUACACAUAUACACACACACUCCUAAUACAGCCUGAUACUGUGUCCUCCUUUCUGUUUAAUCUGCGGUAGUCUUCUACGUGCUGCAGUGCCCUUUGGGGCUUCUACCUUGCCCAGCAGGAGAACUGUCCCAGUCAUACACUCCCUUGGCUCUGGGGAGAGGUAAUCAGUCUUAACCUGGAGAAAACAGCAGCUCUCCAUCCAUCUACUCUGUCACACACAAACACAAACAGAGGCACAAAGACUCAACCAGACUCAGAUGCGCACACACACGCACUUCAUCUUUGAUUUUGAAGUGUUAGGGCCACCCCUGAGCAGUCGAUGCCAUGUCCUACACUUCCAAGGGCUAAUUACAAUGUUGGGCUUGUUAUUUGGAACCAUCCACAAAAUGGCUUCCUUCUUUGACCGGCGCCAUCCUUGCUUUCCUCACCGCCUCUGACAGUUACACCUUUAUUUUUUACUUUUAUUCCUCCUCUGUUUCUCAUUCUGUCUGUUUUCAGGAGAGAGGUGAAGGUGGCGGAGCAUCCCUCUGUGCAGAGCAACAGCAGACGAUGUGGUCGCAAGGUUCAGAAGAACAUGUGCCUCUCCCCCACCCACCCCUACUCAGGCAUCCUCACUACAGGUAAUACCAAUGCUAGUGUAACCGGUGGGAAAUGGCUAGCUAGUUAGCGGUGCGAGCUAGUGGCAUUUCAAUUGGUGAUGUCACUCGCUCAGACAUUGUAGUUGUUUCCCUUGCAGAGGCUUUUGUGUAGCGAUAGGUAACGAUGCUUCGUGGGAGGCAGUUGAUGUGUUCAGAGGGUCCCUGGUUCGAGCCCAGGUUGGGGCAAGGAGAGGGACGGAAGCAAGACUGUGACAUUAAUAAUGUUAACCAGGAUCACUCUUAGAACUAAUUGAAUAGGAUCUCUGUGGGUGUUGGUGCGUGUGUUUCUCUAGGAGUGACCAUGGAGACUGAUGACCACUGGUGCUCCCAGAUCAACAGGCUCCAGCUGCUAUUGGACAAGCUGGAGUGGCAGGUAUUGAACUGUCGCGCCUUUACAUCUUGCUCUAUUGCUCCGUGCUGCUCAUUCCUUUCCCAUAUCUCCCUCUAUCUUUGUCUCUCUCUCACUCACUCACUCACACACACUCUCUCUCUCUCUCUCUCUCUCUCUCUCUCUCUCUCUCUCUCUCUCUCUCUCUCUCUCUCUCUCUCUCUCUCUCUCUCAAUUCAAUUCAAUUCAAUUUGCUUUAUUGGCAUGACGUAACAAUGUACAUAUUGCCAAAGCUUACUUUGGAUAUUUACACUAUUAACAUAAUUAAAAUAAUAAUAAUCAAUAUUGUCAACGGGACAACAGUAACAACAAUAACCAAGGGUCAAAAUAACCAUUGAACAAUAACAAUAUAGAGGACAGGUUGGUUGGUUGGUCUGUCAGACACUGUCCCUCAUCUUAUGGCAGGCAGCAAUGUAGCGCGCUGCCAACCCACAGCUCUCUGCGUCCUCCCCCAACAGGACAGGUAGCCUAUUCUCAUCAGAGAGGUCUUUGAAACCUUGAAAAACUGUUUCAAAUUUGGGGAAAUGACCCUCUCUAAUUGUUCUAUAUUUUUGACAUUUUGUCAGGAAAUGCAGCUCUGUCUCAGGUUCUGCUGUGGUGCAGUGGUUGCACAGCCUUCCUCUACAGGGAGCCAGGUUUUCCUGUGUCUACCCUUCUCAAUGGAAAGGCUGUGCUCACUGAGCCUGUACUUUGUCAAGGUUUUUCUAAGGUUUUGAUCAGUAACCAUGGUCAAAUAGUUAGCCACGGCGUACUGUCGAUUUAGGGCAAGAUAGCACUGCAUUUUACUUUGUGCUUGUGCUUGUGUUUCCCAAUAAACAAUGUAGUUUUGUUUUGACUGUGUUGUAAUUUGGUUUAUUCUGAUUGAUUGGAUGUUCUGGUCCUGAGGCUUCAGUGUUUUAGUAGAACAGGUUUGUGAACUCAGCCCCAGGACCAGCUGGAUGAGGGGACUGUUUUCUUUGCUCAGCUCCUGGCAUUGCAGGGCUUGAUAAUGAUAUGAGAGGGGGUCACUGUAUUUUAGUUUCCAAAAUGUAAUUGCUAUUUUUUAUUUUUUUAUUAUUAGAGGAUAUUGGCCUAAUUCUGCCCUGCAUGCAUUGUUUGUAGUUUUCCUCUGGACAUGUAGGAGAAUCUUACAGAACUCUGCAUGCAGGGUUUCAGUGGGGUGUUUGUCCCAUUUGGUGAAAUCUUGUUUUGCAAGUGGACCCACACCUCGCUGCCAUAAAGUGCAAUUGGUUCAAUGACACAUUCAAUUCGUUUUAGCCAAAUUUGAAUAGGUAUUUCAAAUUGAUUUUGUUUUUUAAUGGCGUAGAAUGCCCUUCGUGCUUUCUCUCUCAGUUCAUUCACUGCAUCAUUAAGGUGUCCAGUUGAGCUUAUUUUUAAACCUAAGUAAUUCUAGUGUGUGCAGUACUCUAUAUAUUUUGUACCAAUUGAGAACUUUGGUCUAAUUCCCUGAGAUCUGGAUCUUCUCUGGAAAAUCAUAAUUUUUGUCUCUUUGGGGUUUACUGCCAGUGCCCAUGUCUGGCAGUACUGCUCUAGCAGGUCCAGGCUCUGCUGUAGGCCAUGUGCUGUGGGUGACACCAGGCAUAGGUCAUCUGGGAAGAGCAGGCAUUUAACCUCUGAAUUGUGGAGACUAACACAAGGGGCUGGGGAUUUUUCUAGAAUAGUGGCCAAUUCGUUGAUGUAAAUAUGGAAGAGUGCAGGGCUCAGAUUGCAACCCUGGCGAAGGCCCUGCCCCUGGUUAAAGAAUUCUGUUAUUUUCUUGCUAAUUUUGAUGCUGCACGUAUUGCCAGUAUACAUUGAUUUAAUUAUGUCAUAUGUUUUACCCCCUACACCACUUUCAAUAACUUUGUAGAACAGUCCUGUAUGCCAAAUAGAAUCAAAUGCUUUUUGGAAGUCGAUAAAGCAAGCGUACAUUUUGGUAUUAUUUUGGUGGACAUGUUUAUCUAUCAGGGUGUGUAGGGUGUAAAUAUGAUCGGUCGUGCGAUGUUUUGGUAUAAAUCCAAUUUGGCUUUUACUCAAGACAUUGUGCUUAUUAAGGAAGUUUAGAACAUGUAUAAUACUACAGAAAAUCUUCCCCAGGUUACUGUUCACACAAAUGCCUCUGUAAUUGUUAAGGUCAAAUUUGUCUCCGUUCAUAAAGAUUGGGGUUAUGAGUCCUUGAUUCCAGAUGUCAGGGAAAUAACCUACACUCAGGAUCAAAUUAAACUGUUUUAAUAUAACCAAAUUUACAUUUUGCACUAGUGAAUUUGAGCAUCUCAUUUAGGAUGCCAUCAGGUCCGCAUGCUUUUUUAAAUUUGAGGGCCUGAAGUUUCUUAUAGAGCUCCUGGUCAGUUACUCGGGAGUCCAAUGGAUUUUGAUUGUCCUUUAUAGCUUUUUCUAAUCCAUUCAACUUCUCAUGAAUUUGGCAUUGUUCUGCGUUUGUGUCAAUUUUAACAGUGUUGUAGAGUGUUUUAAUCUGGGUUGUCAAUAUGUCACCAUUUUGUAUUGCUAAUUCCUCUUGUUUAGAUUUGUUUAGUUUUUUCAAAUUUUACCAGAAGUUGUUUGUGUUUAGGGACUCCUCAAUUAGUGUCAGCUGCUUGCUGUUGUACUGUGCUUUUUUGGUUCUGAGUGUACGUUUAUAAAGUCUUAAAGUCUCACGGUAAUGAAGGCGUAAUUCACCAUUAUUUGGAUCUCUGUGCUUUUGGUUUGAUAGUGUUCAAAGUUUUUUCCUUAUAAUUUUACAAUCUUCAUCAAACCAGUUGUCAUCUGUGGUCUGUUUAGUUUUUUAUAAAUUUCAGUUGUGCUUCUUUUGCCAUUGCCUGAAUAUAUAGUUUAUGUUUUUUACUGCUAGAUUGAUGCCUUCUUUACUGUGAGUGAAUGUGGUAUCCAGCAAGAGUGUUUGAAUAUUUUGGCUACUGGUUGCUUUCUGGUAUUCUUCUGUGCUGUUUUGGGCCCAUUAAUUUCUGAUGUUGUAUAGCUUACUGGGCUGUGAAUGUGUGGCUGUUUCCAUGUCUGUUCUUUUGAGGAACAACAUAAUUUGGCUGUGAUCAGAUAGAGGUGUUAGUGGCUUGACGGUGAAUGAGCUGAGAGAGAAAGGGUCAAUGUCUGUAAUCAUAUAGUCUACUGUGCUGUGGCCAAGAGGUGAGCAAUAGGUGAAUCUCCCCAAAUAGUCCCCCGUAACCUACCAUUGACAAAGUACAAACCCAGGCUUCGACAGAGCUGCAACAGAUCCCUUCCGUUUUUGUUGAUGGUGCUGUCACUGUUGUUUCUAUGGGGAGAUUAAGACAGUUAGGAACAGUAUGGCCUGUAAUAAAGCUGUCUCCUUGUGUGGUCGUUAGAUCAGGUAGUGUUCCUGUGUGCACAUUUGUGUCCCCACAGAUGAGCACAUUUCCCUGGGCCUGGAAAUGGCACGUCUCUUCCUCAAGGCUGGGGAAUAUCUCCUCUGAGUUAUAUGGGGAUCCUGAGGGGGGGAUAUACACUGCUCAAAAAAAUAAAGGGAACACUAAAAUAACACAUCCUAGAUCUGAAUGAAUGAAAUAAUCUUAUUAAAUACUUUUUUCUUUACAUAGUUGAAUGUGCUGACAACAAAAUCACACAAAAAUUAUCAAUGGAAAUCAAAUUUAUCAACCCAUGGAUGUCUGGAUUUGGAGUCACCCUCAAAAUUAAAGUGGAAAACCACACUACAGGCUGAUCCAACUUUGAUGUAAUGUCCUUAAAACAAGUCAAAAUGAGGCUCAGUAGUGUGUGUGGCCUCCACGUACCUGUAUGACCUCCCUACAACGCCUGGGCAUGCUCCUGAUGAGGUGGCGGAUGGUCUCCUGAGGGAUCUCCUCCCAGACCUGGACUAAAGCAUCCGCCAACUCCUGGUCAGUCUGUGGUGCAACGUGGCGUUGGUGGAUGGAGCGAGACAUGAUGUCCCAGAUGUGCUCAAUUGGAUUCAGGUCUGGGGAACGGGCGGGCCAGUCCAUAGCAUCAAUGCCUUCCUCUUGCAGGAACUGCUGACACACUCCAGCCACAUGAGGUCUAGCAUUGUCUUGCAUUAGGAGGAACCCAGGGCCAACUUCACCAGCAUAUGGUCUCACAAGGGGUCUGUGGAUCUCAUCUCGGUACCUAAUGGCAGUCAGGCUACCUCUGGCGAGCACAUGGAGGGCUGUGCGGCCCCCCAAAGAAAUGCCACCCCACACCAUGACUGACCCACCGCCAAACCGGUCAUGCUGGAGGAUGUUGCAGGCAGCAGAACGUUCUCCACGGCGUCUCCCUACUCUGUCACGUCUGUCACAUGUGCUCAGUGUGAACCUGCCUUCAUGUGAAGAGCACAGGGCGCCAGUGGCGAAUUUGCCAAUCUUGGUGUUCUCUGGCAAAUGCCAAACGUCCUGCACGGGCCCUCAUACCACCCUCAUGGAGUCUGUUUCUGACCGUUUGAGCAGACACAUGCACAUUUGUGGUCUGCUGGAGGUCAUUUUGCAGGGCUCUGGCAGUGCUCCUCCUGCUCCUCCUUGCACAAAGGCGGAGGUAGCAGUCCUGCUGCUGGGUUGUUGCCCUCUUACGGCCUCCUCCACGUCUCCUGAUGUACUGGCCUGUCUCCUGGUAGUGCCUCCAUGCUCUGGACACUACGCUGACAGACACAGCAAACCUUCUUGCCACAGCUCGCAUUGAUGUGCCAUCCUGGAUGAGCUGCACUACCUGAGCCACUUGUGUGGGUUGUAGACUCCGUCUCAUGCUACCACUAGAGUGAAAGCACCGCCAGCAUUCAAAAGUGACCAAAACAUCAGCCAGGAAGCAUAGGAACUGAGAAGUGGUCUGUGGUCACCAACUGCAAAACCAGUCCUUUAUUGGGGGUGUCUUGCUAAUUGCCUAUAAUUUCCACCUGUUGUCUAUUCCAUUUGCACAACAGCAUGUGAAAUUUAUUGUCAAUCAGUGUUGCUUCCUAAGUGGACAGUUUGAUUUCACAGAAGUGUGAUUGACUUGGAGUUACAUUGUGUUGUUUAAGUGUUCCCUUUAUUUUUUUGAGCAGUGUAUAUUGCACUAAGGAACACAUAUUUUUCUGUCUCUCUCUCUCACUCUCUUUCUCUCUCUCUCUCUCUCUCUCUCUCUCUCUCUCUCUCUCUCUCUCACACACUUUCUCACUUUCUCUCUCUCUCUCCUCUCCUCUCUUCUCUCACUUACCCUUUCUCACUUUCACACUUUCUCUCUCUCUCUCUCUUUCUCACUUUCUCUCUCCUUCUCUCUCACUUUCUUUCUCACUUUCUCUCUCUCUCUCUCACUUUCUUUCUCACUUUCUCUCUCACUUUCUCUCUCUCACUUUCUCUCUCUCACUUUCUCUCUCUCUAAUUUUCUCUCUCUCUCUCACACUUUCUCUCUCUCUCUAUCUCUCUCUCUCUCUCUUUCUCGCUCACAUUCUGCCUGUCGGUCUGCCUGUCUGUCUGCCUGUCUGUCUGCCUGUCUGUCUAUCUGUCUGCCUGCUUGCCUAUCUGCCUGUCUGCCUGUCUGUCUGCUAGCCAGUCAGUAUCUCACUCUCUCUGUCUCUUUCUAGUUUGUCAAUCCAGAGGGACCUAUACUGCAAUAUCAGAGCAAUUCAUAACCUGCAGCAUGUACUGUAGUGCACUGUAAUUUCAUAUGAUAGCUUAUUGCUCUAUGUCUCAUGGUUGGAUAGAAAUAGAGGGUUGCCAGUGUACUGGCAGCGGUUGGAAAUUAACUCUAGUCAGAAUGUGUGUCAAUGAUACAAUGUAUUGGAUAAUUAUAUUAUAUACCUGCAGGAGAUAAUUAUAUUCUAGUCAGACCUGGGUUCAAGUAGUAUUUGUUUUCUUUUGAGCCACAUGGUUGUGGUUUACACUUUUGGGACUAUUCCAUUCCAUUGGUCAGGAAAGCUCAGUCAAGACAGAGCUAAAGUAUUUGAAAGAAAGAAAACAUACUUUUUGAACCCGGGUCUAAUUCAAGUCCUAGUCAAUGUGAGUUUGAGCUUUUCCCAUUAUAACUAGGUUUUCAACUGUCUUUUUCAGGGUCCAAAGUUGGAACCCCUGAAAGAAGAUACGCUGGCCAGUACAUACAAAUCUGUGAGUGAUGAUUGUUGUUACUCUAAAUUCGAUUCAGUUCAAUGCAACUUUAUUAAUACCCUCAGGGGCAACUUAGGCCAGUCAUUGGACAGUUAUCCAAUAAAAGUACACUAAAAGUUUUUGUUAAUCUUUUUAAGUUUCCACACACAUCCCAUUUCUGUACAGUGAGUACUACAGUGUCACUUUGUUUUUGUUUUACAAAGCGGACCGCACAUGACGCAAUCCAAAUUAAUUCACAUUAGCAUCCGCCCCUGGGUGACUGUAAGCAGAACACCUCCAAUUUUUCACAGGAGCCCUUUAGAUUGAUCAUUCACACAUUGAGUUUCUCCUCACAGGCACAAAGAAAACACUCCCCUAUCUGCUCCUAAAACCUGUAUCUGUACUUUACCAGACCAUUGUUUUGCCUAUAGCCCAGGUACAGUAGCUUAGAGGAGAGUUUGAUGUAAUCUCUCAAACACCUUACUGUUCCUGUGUUUCUUGCACUCGUCUUUUCUUACUUGCCGAUAUCUGCUUUUUUAAAAGAAAGUUUUACUUGAGAUAACUGAUAUGUGGUUGUCUUACCUACCUUAGUUGAAUGCCCUGACUGUAAAGCCUAAGUUAUACCUUAUGUACAUAAGCAAGGCAACAACUAAAUUAGCUACCUAAAAUGACAAUCGCGCAUACUUGCUUUGAGGUCGCCAUUUUUCGUAGCUAAUUGUAGUUCUUGCGUGGCGUACGUACGUGAGUAUUAAUUAGGCUUAAGUCGCUCUGGAUAGGAGCCUCUGCUAAAUGACCGAAAUUGAAAUGUUGUGUUUCCUUGUGGUCUCCGUGCCAACAGAACAUCCUGCUGGUGCAGACACAGAUGUCGGCGACAGAGGAGGACCUCGAGGAGUUCCAGAAGGUGCUCAAGAGCUAUGUGGACGCCACGUCCAACCACAGCGACAACUUGCAGUGAGUCAAAUCAAACAAUCAAACUUAUUUUAUGAAUCCCUUUUUUUACAUCAGUGCGAAGUGCAUUACAGUUACCCGGCUUAGACCCCAAAGCACAGUGGCUUGGCACAGGGCAAUGCAGGGCACGUGACUCGCCACCAAUUGAUUCACGUGACCUGGCCAGAAAAACAUGAACUAAGGCCAAGAGUUUUUCCUGGUCAGAUCACGUUGGCAGGAAAAGCCUAUUCCUAGAUUAUAGAAAAUGUCUCACCAAUGGGAUUGUUCUAUUUGAUCCCAACUAUGGCAUGCAUAAUACUUUCCAAAAGUUCCUAAGAAUUAGUGACAUUUUCAUAGGGAACAUCGAUUGAUCCAUUAAAAGACAUAAUAAUGAAUUUGUGCCAUAAGUGCCCAUUUAAUGCAAAUUAUAUCUAAUUGCUUUGGCCUGAUUGACUGACUGGGUCAGAUGCUAACUUCAACUCUCUUGCGCUCUUUCUUUCUCUCUCUCACUCUUUCUCUCGCUCUUUCUCUCGCUUUCUCUCUCUUUCACACUCUCUCUUUCUAUCUCUUUCUCUCUCUCUCUCUCUCUCUCUCUCUCUCUCUCUCUCUCUCUCUCUCUCUCUCUCUCUCUCUCUCUCUCUCUCUCUCUCUCUCUCUCGCGCGCUCUCUCUCUCUCUCUCUCUCUCUCUCUCUCUCUCGCUCUCUCAGUGUGUCUAUCCAGAAGCUCCCAGGGAAGUCGUGCUACAUAAUGUAUGAGUUUUGGCAGGAUCAUAUCUCCCGGAUGAGGUGGGUCUGCUGGGUGUGUGUGUGAGACGCUGGCAGGCUGCUCAUCUCUCUGAUGGAAGCGCUCUCCUCCACUGAUGAUGAGCAGAUGGCCCAUCUCUCAUAUCAUGACACACACUCACGCAUACACCAAUAUAUACAGUAUGUCAUCUGCAGUAUAGAUCAAACUCUGAUACAGUAAUAUGUGUUAUGUGUUGAAUGUCUUUGCAUUCAAUAGUAUGUACAUUCUAAUUUUCUUAUAAAUUGAUGUGCAUAUCUUCAGUGCAAAGUCUUAUUAUGUAAUGUCGUUUACUAACCAAGCCGUUCCCCUAUUGAAUAUUGUUAAUAAGGAUGAUUGUCUUACUGUAAUGUCAAGUCUAUUGCUGGUUGCUGUGUUCCUGUCCUCCCUAGCUACCUGCAGUCCGAUGCCAGUAAGAAUUUCCAGCGCUGUGUCAUUGAUACGUUGGAGGAUUCCGAGCUUGUUUCUACUACCAUGCUGCUCCCAGGUAAACUCAUGUGUGUGUGUGUGCGUGUGUGUUUGUUUGUGUCCAUUUCGAUACCUAUCUGUAUUUACAGCAUCACUUGUGUUUUCCUGCAAAUGUUUUCACAUUAUUGCUCAACAAAAGAGCCCAAACAUACACAAUAACAUGUCCUAAGGCAAGUACAUCAUUUCACACUGGUCUUUGAGCGAUUACAGUGGCUUAAGAAAAAAGUUACAAUUUGGAGAUAGGCGUUGUUAAGCCAUCCUUUGGGAACAAGACAUACCCCCUAUGGUGGUGUUCCACUCAUGGCAGGGUUCCCAGAAUUUGGCCCCCGUGUGAUUUUGUUUGCCCCCACCACUGACAUAAGACUGUAAAAACACCAGCAAAUCAGCUCCAAGUGAUUUUAAUUUUAGAAAUCUGUUCCAAAGUGUUCCCACACAUAAUAGAGAGAUAUACACUGAGUGUACAAAACAUUAGGAACACCUGCUCUUUCCAUGACAUAGACUGACCAGGUGAAUCCAGGUGAAGGCUAUGAUCCCUUAUUGGUGUCACUUGUUAAAUUGUGGUCCUCUGUAGCUCAGCUGGUAGAGCACGGUGCUUGUAACGCCAAGGUAGUGGGUUCGAUCCCCGGGACCACCCAUACACAAAAAAAAAAAUGUAUGCACGCAUGACUGUAAGUCGCUUUGGAUAAAAGCGUCUGCUAAAUGGCAUAUUAUAUUAUUAUUAAAUCCACUUCAAUCAGUGUAGAGGAAGGGGAGGAGACAGGUUAAAGAAGGAUUUUUAAGCCUUGAGACAUGGAUUGUGUAUUUGUGCCAUUCAGAGGGUGAAUCGGCAAGACAAAAGAUUUAAGGGCCUUUGAACAGGGUAUGGUAGUAGGUGCCAAGUGAAUCGGUUUGUUUCAAGAACUGCAACGCUGCUGGGUUUUUCACGCUUAACGGUUUCCCUUGUGUAUCAAGAAUGGUCCACCACCCAAAGGACAUCCAGCCAACUUGACACAAUUGUGGGAAGCAUUGGAGUCAACAUGGGCCAGCAUCCCUGUGGAAUGCUUUCAACAUCUUGUAGAGUCCAUGCCCCGACAAAUUGAGGCUGUUCUGAGGGGAAAAAAGGGGGUGCAACACAAUAUUGGGAAGGUGUUCCUAAUGUUUGGUAUACUCAGUGUAUGUGAUCAUAUACAAAUGUAAGCAAGGUUUGAAAUGAUUAUGUUUCAGUCAAAUAUUGUAUCUGUUUGGGCUUCUAGUGGUCAAUUUGGAGUCUACAAAUUGUUCCAACCCCCUGACCAUCCGCUCAAGAAAAAAAUCGGCCCGCGGCUGAAUCUAAUUGAUGAUCCCUGCCCUAUGGAGACGGACCAGAACGCAGACCUGGGUUCAAAUACUAUUUGAAAUUCUUCAAAUACUUUUAGCAUUUGCUUUAGCCUGCCUGGAGAGCUGGAUGGGUGGGGUUUGCACUUUUGCAAUUAUUCUAUUGGGAAGCUCAAUCAAGCCCAGCAAAAGUAUUUGAACCCAGGUCUCCUAGAAAUGACUUGUUAUUUACCCAUUGAUCCCCAACUCAAAUGAAACUCCUCUCUUUUUCCUGUAGCAUCUUGGUGGAUUAUGACUAACAACUAGCAGCAGACCACGGAACACCAUGUCUCCUGCCCCCAUGCACACAACACAACCACAAGACAGCAAAUGCAACAUUUCAUCCAAGUGUUUCAGUUCAAAACUACCGGACACGGAACACUGCGUUAAAACAGCAUCCUGCGGCAUCUUUCUUAUGUACCAACGACCAGAGACGUCAUGCCCAUAGGGGGCACAGGGGCACAUGCCCCCUCAGAUUUGUCCUGUUAAAAAAAAUAUAUAUAUAUAUAAUUUUCAUUCCUUUAUUUCACCUAGAAAUGUAAUGAAGUUGGCUUUAGCUAGCCCAGAUAGGUUCCCAGUCUCCCAACCUCAUAACUAGCCAUUUCAGGCUAUCAAUCAAGUUAGAGUAGCUAGCUUGUCUAACUAUCUUAGCUGGAAUGCCUGCUGGCAAGGUUGGUAGACUUUUAAAAAAACAUGCAAGCAGCACUGGUCAUUACCGUAAUGUGCUGUUUGUUUGAAAAAAGGGGCAAAGCAAAAGCAGCCAAAACAGUAGACAUGAAAGUGAUUCGCAAAAGCCAAUGGCAAUUUUUUUUAAAGCUAGAAUUGAUUAAGUCUUGAAUCAAAAGACACUAGUUUAGUCGUAGUGCAUUUCAACAGCGUGGAGAUAUUAUACAGUUACUGCAACGUGAUACAUGCUUUUUAAUGACUUGCUAUAUAUAACUUGCUUACUCUUCAGUACAAUUGAAGAGAACGUUUGGGGCUAGCAGUUUAAGAUGCAUGCAGACCAACGUUUCACAGAGUCUCUGAAAUUAGUCACUUUGCAUUCUCGCUGCAUAGCCUAAAGAUAAUUUAUUUCCUUAGAUAGGAACCAAACUGUGAUGUUGUGUUUUGAAUGCUGAAUUGUUCCUACUGUAGGGGGGGGGGGUAUUGAUGUUGCACUCCACUGCUUUCUUAUUCUAACAUAAGGGCAAUGUGAUGUUUUUAUAGUUAGGUUUUCUAGUGGUUAUGUUUAUGCCUUUUUAAAGUAGUUUAUCCCAGAUAAUUGACCUGUUUAAAGAAUGUACACUACCGUUCAAAAGUUAGACAUUGUUAAUGUUGUAAAUGGCUAUUGUAGCUGGAAACAGCUGAUUUUUUAUGGAAUAUCUACAUAGGCGUACAGAGGCCCAUUAUCAGCAACCAUCAGACCUGUGUUCCAAUGGCACGUUGUGUUUGCUAAUCCAAGUUUAUCAUUUUAAAAGGCUAAUUGAUCAUUAGAAAACCCUUUUCAACGUCAACAGUGAAGAGGCGACUCCGGGAUGCUGACCUUCUAGGCAGAGUUGCAAAGAAAAAGCCAUAUCUCAGACUGCCCAUCUUAAUCUUUUUUUUUGCCUCCCACUCCUCUUUCUAUUCUGGUUAGAGCCAGUUUGUGCUGUUCUGUGAAGGGAGUAGUACACGGCAUUGUACGAGUUCUUCAGUUUCUUGGCAAUUUCUCGCAUGGAAAAUCCUUCAUUUCUCAGUACAAGAAUAGACUGAUGAGUUUCAGAAGAAAGUUAUUUGUUUCUGGCCAUUUUGAGCCUGUAAUCGAACCCACAAUUGCUGAUGCUCCAGAUACUCAACUAGUCUCAAGAAGGCCAGUUUUUUUGCUUCUUUAAUCAGCACAACCGUUUUCAGCUGUGCCAUUAGAACACAGGACUGAUGGUUGCUGAUAAUGGGCCUCUGUACGCCUAUGUAGAUAUUCCAUUAAAUAUCAGCCAUUUCCAGCUACAAUAGCCAUUUCCAACAUUAACAAUGUCUACACUGUAUUUCUGAUCAAUUUGAUGUUAUUUUAAUGGACAAAAAAAUUGCUUUUCUUUCAAAAACCAAGGACAUUUCUAAGUGACCCCAAACGUUUGAAUGGUAGUGUAUGUAUCUACAUAGAUAUAUCAUAGAAAUACAUAUUCUCCCAAUUUUUCCAUAGUUGAAUUUAUUUCAUUUGUAAGAUACUAGUAAGAGAAUCAGGCAUAUUCAUGUGUAUAUGGAUAUGUUGUCAUUGUGCUUUUGUUGUUAAUUAAGUAUAUUUUUUAUGUAGGAAUUCAACAUAUUAACUAUAAUAAAAGUCAAUGGCCAGUCAGCCUACUCAACUGUUUUUAAUUUCUAGGUAUACAGGUACACUUAGAAAAAAAGGUUAUAUCUAGAACCUAAAAGUGUUCUUCAAAGUGUUCUCCCGUGAGGACAGCAGAAGAACCCUUUUGGAACCCUUUUUUCUAAUAAAAUAAAAUAAAAUAAAAUUGUAUUUGCCACAUGCGCCGAAUACAACAGGUGUAGACAUUACCGUGAAAUGCUUACUUACAGCCCUUAACCAACAAUGCAUUUCUUUCUUAAUAAAAAAGUAAAAUAAAACAACAACAACAACAAAAGUGUUGAUAAAAAAAGAGCAGAAGUAAAAUAAAAUAAGAGUAGGGAGGCUAAAUACAGGGGGGUACCGGUGCAGAGUCAAUAUGCGGGGGCACCGGCUAGUUGAGGUAGUUGAGGUAAUAUGUACAUGUGGGUUGAGUUAAAGUGACUAUGCAUAAAUAAUUAACAGAGUAGCAGCAGCGUACAAAAGUGUAUUGUCAAUAAAAGGUUAUUACUUCAAACCUUUUCUCUACUAAGUAUUUUAAUGUCCACUGUAGUUGAAAACGAUAACACAUUUAGAAACGUCCUUUCAUGAGCAUUUGGCAGGCUCGUGUUGAGCAAAGCACUUUCUUCCCAUGUUGUCAAGACUAUUCAUUUUAGCCUCAUGAAUAACUGUUUCUCAGAAACGGUGACAUGAUGGAAAGAGAAGCAACUCCCUUUGCAUAGAAAUGAAGAUGGCUGGGAAAGAGCUCGACAAAAGCCCCCGUCUCUCCUUGAAAGUAAAGUUAGUUUGAGUGUGUCGCUGUUGCAAUCAUUGUCAAGUACUUCACGCUCAGAUGCGAUGUGGUCAUUGUGUCGUAUGUAUGGUACAUGGAGAGAGGCUGGCGGAGAUUGAUUGAGGGCAAACCUGUAGGGCCGGUUUACUUCACACAGAUUAAGCAAAUUGAGCAUGUUCAAUGGAGAUUCUCCAUUCAAAGUGCUUUUUAGUCCAUGACUAGUGUCAGGGAUCUGUGUCAGGGAAACCGGCCCAAAGAGAUACAAUACUAAUAGGGACACGUUUCUGGGACACAGAUUAAGCCUGGUCUUGAACUAAAAAGCUAACUCAAUGGAGAAUCUCCAUUGAAAAUGCUUUUUAAAUCCAGGAUUAGGCUUAAUCUGUGUGCAGGAAACCGUCCUAUUGUUAAAUUAAUUAUAUACUUUGUAUCAUAUACUUUGUGUGUGUGUGUGUGUGUGUGUGUGUGUGUGUGUGUGUGUGUGUGUGUGUGUGUGUGUGUGUGUGUGUGUGUGUGUGUGUGUGUGUGUGUGUGUGUGUGUGUGUGUACCAGAAGUCUUCAAUGAUAGUGAAACAAGGAAAUAUUGGACAAGUGAGGACAUUUUCCCGGUCCCCACAAGGAAAAGGGCUAUUUUAGGCUUAUUGGUUAGGUUUAGGGUUAGGGUUACAAUUAGGGUUGGAAUUAGCUUUAGGGUUAAGGGUUAGAAUUAGGAGUUAGGUUUAGUUUUAGGGUUAGGGGUUAAGGUUAGGGUUAGGGUAGCCUCAUUGCAAACCAAAAAAGGGAAGCCUGGGGAAGUUCCAUGGCAGAAAUCAGCUAAAGAGGGGUCGGAACCCAGUGAAAAUCAGUGACACCUCACAGCACGUCAAACCAAUCAAAUGCCUUGCUUGGGCGGAGCUCCAAAGGUGCAUGCUCACCAGAUUAGUGUCAUAAGAGCAACACUGCGUGAGCACAAUUUAUUUUAACAAAACAAAAAAGCACUGGUGACAAAACAUUUUAGAACGUUUGCUGCAAGCUGGUUUUGACGGCAUUUCUCUGUUAUUUCGAGAUGCGCUGAAGCUGCAGCAAGAGGGGAGAAAUCGUCCACAAUGCCGGCCAUAUCAAUAUAUAUUUUUUUAAUGUUGACGUUUCUGAAGUGAUAUUUGGCUGUAAAGGCUAGCACGAGGGACAAGAAGUAGCUAGACACAAUGAGGUUCGUUUUGAGAAAAGUCAGCUAACCUUGUGAGCUACCUAGGUAUAACUAACUAGCUAGCAACUAGCUAGUUCAAUUUCUCUCACGAUUAUAAAGCCAACAAUAUGUUAAUUUAAACACCAUAUUAUUGACCUGAAAGGUUGACUAUGGUCAGUGAUACAUAGAGCAACUAUGUAGGCUACUGUCUAUCUAUAGGAACAACCAGGGCCAUAACUAUAUGAGGGCACCGAACUCUGUAAUUUUUUUCUAAUCAAAAUCAAAAGAUUUAUUACAUAUGUUUUACACAAUAAAGGAAAUAAAUUACGGAUCAACAUCUAAAUAUUGCUCCCAGCGUUGAUCAAAGCUCCAAACGCUUAUAUUCUUGAUCUGACUGAGUUCUAAUCACGCCUGCCUCUUUGCUAACGUGUGGAAUCAUGAAUAGUGGUUUGUUUGUUGUGUUAGCCUGCGUCCAUCGGAUUUGCCUCCCGGAUUUGCCUUUUUAGCAGCACAUUCACCACUCUCAAACGGCUAAUCCGCCACCUGGUAAAUAAUUGCUUAUAGAUACCUACAGUCAGUCAGGUGGGUAGUCUGCAGAGUCUUCUAUUGCGUAAUGUUCAAGGGCUCUGGCUAGUAUAACUUAGCCAGCUAGAAGGAUGAAGUAAGAAGCUAACAUUAAACAGAGCCUUCCUCAGCAGGAGCAAAAUAUAGGCUACUAAGUUCUCAUGACUUUGCUUUACAGAGAGUAGGUUACUGAGACAGACUGUGAUGUGGCGCUCAGUGGUGAGGCAGGCUGCAAUGCAUGCAGGAGAAGCAGAGGAGACAGAGAGAGGGGAAGCAAGGAGAGAGAGAGGUUAGUACAGUGGUUCUCAAACUUGGGGUUGGGCGUCAUGUGGGGUCUGUACUAUUCUUAUCAAACAAGUUAGGAACUUUAAAAAAAGAUAUGUUUCAAUAUGAACAUCACCUUCCCUACAGGCCUAGGCAUACAUAAAAAAAUCUGUUAAAAUGCAAACUAUACAGUUCUAAAAAUGUCAUAUGUUUUUGUUGAUAUCGGUGGUUGUUCAUUUUAUCUCAAACGCCCACUGGAGUUUAUAGUUUACCUAUUACCCACCUUUUUUUACCAAUACAUCACUGAUAUUAAUACAGAAUUGUAUGUAAUAUUCUAAUAAUUCAUGUGAAUGUGAUAAUACGAUCAUCUGUGUGCUCCAUUGAUAUCUGUUUGUGUGGAGCUUGAUUACUAAUGACUAGGAAUACAAAUGUGAACGCUACACUCUACAAAGAAAAGGUUCCUGGAGUAUCCUUUAGGGGUUCUUCAAAUUGAAACUGUGGGGGAACCCCUAUAAGUUUGUCGAAGAACCCUUAAAAAGGGUUCUUCAAAUAACCCCUUUUAAUGGAUCCUCAAAUAACCUUUUGGGGUGAAAUUUUGUAAUGCCCCCCCCCCCCCCCUAUUAUUAUUAUUAAUUAUAAUAUUAUUAUUAAUUAUAAUAUUAUUAUUAAUUAUAAUAUAUUUUUAUUAAUUAUAAUAAUAAUACACAUAACAAUAAUAACAAUAACACAAUAUUUUAGUUCUCAGUGUUUAUUAUGAUUUUUGUGGGGAAGCAGAAUUUAAUUUAAUUAAUUUAAAAUCCAAAUAUGAGGUAAACUCCCAGCAGAGCCCCAUGUCCAAUGGGUAUAUCCUCUGGCGUGUUGAUGUUAAUGUGUUGAUGUUCUCCAUAUCCAUAGCCAGAAUGAUUUUGCAGUGCAUGGUGAUUGAACAGGUUUCCUGUUAUAUUCAUCAGAGGUGUAGGGAGGGUGAAGUCUGUGAAUCCAAAAAAUAGUAAUUAUACAGAUGAUUAACAAAACAUGCACACGACAGAAUUCAUACCUUGGUUUAUGUGGUGAAUGUGAAUGUUUUGAUAAUAGUUUUCAUACACAUACCUUGUCCAUAAUGUAGAGGCCUAUGGGGUAUUCAUUGAAGAGGUAAGGGAGGAGGAUGGGAAAUGUGAUCAACAUAACAUACCAAUACGAAUUGACAUACCUUUGUAUGCCUCCUCGUCUGUAUACCUGCAGACACAGACACAAAAGUGAGCAGUUCAGUCAUUUGCAUCCAAUAAAGCUAGCCUUCAACAUAUUCUUAUAGCCUACAUAUUCGUAUCUCUUCUUUGAUUGAUAUCCAUUUAAUUGUGUCAAUUUUCUGUUUUAGAAAGAUUUGCACAAAUAUGAAAAGAUAGAUGUUAUCAUCAUAAAACAAUAUCAAUUUAGAUCAUACAAGGGACAAACCUUACCUUAAAUUGAGGAGAUCUUUACAUUUUUCAGUUAAGUGCCUGCACCUGCUGUCCUUUCAAAUCCAAAUGUUUCAGUUGGUCAGUUAGGUUCCUGCAAGAACCCCCACCAACUAAGGAGGUUCCUCGAUGAACCCCACCUCCUAUGGGGUUCUUGGAAUAACCUUUUGGGGGCCAUUUUCAGUGCCAAGAACCCUAAGGUUCUUCAAAGAACUUUGAGGAUCUUAGAAGAACCCUUGUUGAACCCCUAAUUUUUUGAGUGUAUGGCCGAAUUGAUGAUGCAUGCCAUAUGAUAAAAUUGAUUUACAUAGCUGAUAUACUGAGAGAGAGAGACGAUCAAAACUUCAUCACUUCAAAAUAUACAAAUAAGCUAACUCGUAUGUAAAGAUUAGACAUCUUAGUCUAAACAACAAUAGAUAAUUGAGUAGUAACCAGUAGGCUGUUAAUACUAAAGCAUCAUUUCAAGUGGGAAGAAAAACUCAAUACCAGCGGUGGCCAACAUUACUCGACUGAUCCCUGAUCUACUGGCAGAGCAGACUUCUAUUCCAGCCUAGCAAUCGCACAUUCAUUAGAUUUGCUAAAUUGGAUCAAGUGUGUUAUUGCUGGGCUGAAACAGAACCCUGCACAACCAGCAGACCUUCAGCAGUGUUGGCCUGCUCCAGUUGAUGUUUAACUGUAUUUUUGUAUAUAACAUUUGCUAACAUAGGUAGGCCUACACAUAUAGGAUAUACCCUUAGUCUCUUGGGACAUUCCUUGGGACCUCUCUCUUCAUCUCCAAACAGGCUUUCACAGCUUUCCGUAUCUGAGGACAGAAAACAUCCCAAAGAACCAGGCUUCAUUCAAAUUAGACAGCACUGAAUAUUAUGUUGCUUUUAUCCUUCUGUCCUCAAAGUUUAAAUAAAUAAAUCACGUUUUUAGCUAAUAUUGGCCUAAAUGUGCAUCUUUACAGAAAACAUGUUGUGACUGCAUUUUUUAAACAGAAAUAGCAGAGAUGUCCUUCAGAAUUAGCAACUUGGAUUAAAUAUGACGGUGGUUCCAUUUCCAUGCCUUGUAUAGCCUACUACUGAAUAUGGUGCAAAUGUAUGCUCAAUAUAUGUCACCUUCAUGUGAAGAAGCACAAUGAUUUUCGUACAAAUUCAUAAAAAAUGAAAAGCUGAAAUGUCUUCAGUCAAUAAGUAUUCAACCCCUUUGUUAUGGCAAACCUAAAUAAGUUCAGCAGUAAAAAUGUGCUUAACAAGUCACAUGAGUUGCAUGGACUCUGUGUGCAAUAAUAGGGUUUAACAUGAUUUUUGAAUGACUUCCUCAUCUCUGUAUCCCACACACAAUUAUCUGUAAGGUCCCUCAGUCGAGCAGUGAAUUUCGAACACAGAUUCAACCACAAACAUCAGGGAGGUUUUCCAAUGCCUCGCAAAGAAGGGCACCUAUUGGUAGAUGGGUCAAAAUAAAAGAAGCAGACAUUGAAUAUCCCUUUUAGCAUGGUGAAGUUAUUAGUUACACUUUGGAUGGUGUAUCAAUACACCCAGUCACUACAAAGAUACAGGCGUCCUUCCUAACUUAGUUGCCGGAGAGGAAGGAAACCGCUCAGGGAUUUCACCAUGAGGCCAAUUGUGACUUUAAAACAGUUACAGAGUUUAAUGGCUGUGAUAGGAGAAAACUGAGGAAGGAUCCACAACAUUGUAGUGGAAAGAAGGAAGCCUGUACAGAAUAUAAAAUAUUCCAAAACAUGCAUCCUGUUUGCAACAAGGCACUAAAGUAAAACUGCAAAAAAUGUGGCAAAGCAAUUCACUUUUUGUCCUGAAUACAAAGUGUUAUGUUUGAGGCAAAUCCAAUACAACACAUUACUGAGUACCACUCUCCAUAUUUUCAAGCAUAGUGGUGGCUGCAUCAUGUUAUGGGUAUGCUUGUAAUCGUUAUGCACUGGGUAGUUUCUCAGGAUAAAAAAGAAACGGAAUGGAGCUAAGCACAGGCAAAAUCAUGGAGGAAAACUUGGUUCAGUCUGCUUUCCAACAGACACUAGGAGACAAAUUCACCUUUCAGCAGGACAAUAACCUAAAACAGAAGGCCAAAUCUACACUGGAGUUGCUUACCAAGAAGACAUUGAAUGUUCCUGAGUGACCGAGUUACAGUUUUGACUUAAAUCUACUUGAAAAUCUAUGGCAAGACCUGAAAAUGGUUGUCUAGCAAUGAUCAACAAUCAAUUUGACAGAGCUUGAAGAAUUUUGAAAAGAAUAAUGGGCAAAUGUUGCACAAUCCAGGUGUGGAAAACUCUUAGAGACUUACCCAGAAAGACUCACAGCUGUAAUCGCUGCCAAAGGUGCUUCUACAAAGUAUUGACUCAAUAUAUUUCUGUAUUUAAUUUUCAAUCAAUUAAUAAAUGCAAACAUUUCUAAAAACAUAUUUUCACUUUGUCAUUAUGGGGUAUUGUGUAUAGAUGAGGUGAGAAAAAUAAAUAUAUUUAAUCCAUUUUGAAUUCAGGCUGUAACACAACAAAAUGUGGAAUAAGUCUAAGGCUAUGAAUACUUUCUGAAGGCACUGUAGUUAUAUGAUUUACUCUACAUACUGUAAUAGGUUAUUCCUCCACAUUCAUAAGAUGGAUUUCUGUACUUUAAAUGGAGACUGCAUUCAACAGACUUACAUUGUCAAUAAUUUGCACCACAUCAGUUGAAUUGGUCUGCUUGGAUUGUAUUUUUAAGUCAUAGCCAACCGUCGAGAUCACCUGUCAAGAGCAGCAUUUUGCAAACCAAUACAUUUAUUCAUACAACUCAUCAAGAUGAAUAAAACAAAAUGUGUAAUUGUUCUCUUUGAAUAUUUUUGGUUUGCAUUAGUUAUCCCUUUUCUAUUAAUAUUAAACUACACAUUUAUUCUGUUUCAUAUCUGGCCACAUAAUGGCACAUCCACAGAUGUAGCACACUGAAAACAGUUGCCUCGUGAUUGAAAUUUGGUUUGGAAAUGAACCUACUCCAGAAUCAUACAGUAUGCCAUUUGUAUGAAUAUGCAGUGGAUAGCAAGGACAUUAGAUGUAGAUGAGGGCCAGUCGUCUGUUAGCGCCUCCUGUUCCUCCCCGUCUCUUCCUGAGACGCAGCAUCCACACACACACACACACACACACACACACACAAGAUGCGGCCUGUGAAUAACAUUACCGUCUUGAGGAAAGAAUGGUCUUACUGUAUGUGUCACACUGUUGCCACAUUGACCAGGCUUUAAGAAAUCUGGUACCAUAUUCAUAAAGUGUCUCAGAGUAGGUAGCUGACUUAAGAUCAGUUUGACCUUUUAGAUCACAAUGAAUAACAUUACAAGACAGAGGGAAUACAACUUCAAAGGAAUACAAAAUGAAGAAAGGGAAGAACUAAGGUAAAGCAAAUAAAGUGAAGUAGAAAUAAAGACAGCUAUAAAAAGUGACAGGUGCAAACUUAAGUGUGAAUCCUAACUUCCACUUAAGUCAAACUUUUAACUUAGUCUUACACUGACAUCAAUGCAUGACUACAUUACAAUUUGACUUAUUAAGUGGAAGUUAAAGUAACUUCCCAGUGAAAAUCUCACUUUUAAAAGUUGUUGACUCGUCCUAUAAUCGUAUUUGUGGCCUAAGUAUAAAUUGGAGAAAAAACACUUAAAAAACCCCACCUCAAACCUGUAUCUCAAACAGACCGUUUAAAAAAUGAUUGCUAAUUACUCAUAGAACAAGAUGUCAUCUCUCUGAGGAGGAUGAGCUGGCCAAUUAGCGGUCUUCUUCCAUUACUAUUUUAAAGACUGGUAUACGCCCACACCAUUCUGUUGUUGGGGUAUGCCCACACCAUUCAACACAGAAAAGCUGCUUUUUACAUACUUAAUUACAAUUUUUUGAAGGAAAACUAUUUAACUCAUAUUGGAAGUAUUUAUAGGUCAUAUUUCAUAGAAAUCUGGAAACACUGGGCAGUUACUUUAAGAUUCACCACUAAAGGAUGGAUGACUCGCACCAGAAUCAGGAAGAACAGUCUGAAUAGGCCCUUCGCUAGUCUUUACUUUACUGACUUUAUUGUCCCCAUGGGGAAAUUUUGUUGCAGGAUCAUGUACAUGUUUAAAGUGCCGUUUAAAUACAGUAGAAAACAAAUUGACAAUACAACACUCAUAACAGUUACAUGGCAAUAAAAAGAGACUAGCCUGCUGGGUCUCUUGUCUUCGUGUCUUUCUACAAAAUUUUAGUAAUUUAGCAGACGCUCUUAUCCAGAGCGACUUACAGUUACUGAGUGCAUACAUUUUAUAUUUUUUCAUACUGGCCCCCCGUGGGAAUCGAACCCACAACCCUGGCGUUGCAAGCACCAUGCUCUACCAACUGAGCUACACGGGGCCCUAAAUAAUCUUCAUUUAAAUCUCAACGAUACACAGGGAUUUAUCUUAUUCUCUCUUCUUGCCUUUGAAUUACUAGAGGGAGUUCUGCUCUACAGAAAGUGCUCGGCAACAUAA